UACUAGGCAAAGAAGAAUGCGAAAGAUCAUCUGUUUUAAAGAUAGAAAGUUGUUAACGGGAAUCAAAUACCUUUGUAUAGAUGAUGUUACGGAAGCCUUUGUCAAACCUUGCAUUUUGGAUAUAAAGGUCGGACCUUGUACUUACGAUCCUGAAGCAUCUCCUGAAAAAAUACUUCACGAGACUAUCAAAUAUCCAAUCAGUACAAUUACUGGAUUUCGAAUUUUAGGCAUGAGGAUUUUUUGUCACUCCACCGGUAAAGUUUUGUAUUUCGAUAAACAUUACGGGAGGCAGCAGACUCCCGAGACGAUAGCCGACGCCUUGUUCUUGUAUCUGAACAAAUCGUACGAAACUGCCGUUCACGCCAUUUUGUGCGGUUUCCUGCACAAGUUGCACGCCAUCGAGAAUUGGUUUAAAGUACAAAGGACUUUCGCCUUCUACUCCAGUUCGCUGUUGUUCGUCUACGAGGGCGACAGAAGCGUGUGGGACCGCUGCAACCGGGAAAUCGGUGCCAUAAACAAGCUGACUUUUAUACCGAAUUGCAAGGAAGAGAACGCGACGGAAACCAUUUCCCGUUCCAAUUUAAAUUCGCCGAGCGCGGGCUCGGAGUGUCGGGCCGGAUCCUGCUCGGUGUGCGGACUGUCUUCGGAGGUGUGCGGCGCCAUCCGCCGAAGGAACGACCACCCCCCGACUCUGUUCGACGUUCGCAUGAUCGACUUCGCUCACGUCUUUCCCUCGGACAAGGCCGACCAGAAUUACCUGUUUGGCCUGAAGAGAGUGGUCGGGUACCUGAAGGUGCUGCAGGUCAGGAUCUGGAGGCAGUGACGCUUUCACAGUACAAAAUAUUAAUUACCGAAUCCGAAAGCCGCGUUAAUCGAUAUUUUAAAAUUCUCUCCCACAAAAAAUAUGCAAAUCGGCAAUAAACGUAACCAUAGCGGUUUUCUAACGGACUUUUCGGAAAUAUUUUCUAUUUUAACUUAUUAAAAAUAAAUUAACGAAUUUUAUUUAUC